AUCAGAGCUGCACUACUGUGAAGACUCAGCAACUGAACCGCCAAGAUGAAUGAUGCUGAGGUGAUAAACAUACCCCUUUAUUCAACAAUGAAACUGACGAUCAAGGGUGUCCCUGAAGAUAGUUUCACCAUCAAUGUGGGCAAAUCCAGAGACAUCAUUGCACUGCAAUAUAACGUGCACUUCAGCCAGGGCGUUGACCAAUCUGUCAUCAACAUGAGGUGCAUAAGGGAUGGCACAGUCUUGGAUAAGCUCAUGGAUACUACUUUCCCUUUUGAGGGAAAGAAGCUAUUUGAGGUGACCAUUUCCUUCAACAAGGACAAUUUCACAAUUCAGGAAACUACUUGCCAGUCUGUGCAAUUCAAGAAUAGCCUGGAUUUCCCAUAUUAUGACUACAUAUGGAUUGAUGGAGAUGUGGCAAUCAAAGGCAUAAGUAUCAACUCAAGACCCACCAGGAGGUGCUAG